AAGCAACAUGCCGAUGCAAGUGCCCGGAUACCACACCAACACGCCCCUGCACCCGUCGUUCGACGAGGACAUCCGUGACCUCCACCUGCUGUACGACUACGACGCCGAGGGCGCGGACGGCAAGCCCGAGAAGUGGCGCUACGAGAUGUGGUUCUUCUCGGAGAACCGCAUCGUGUACUCGAUCCACGGCGGCCCCAUGGCCGGCCGUCUCAACUACCAGACCGUGGCCUUCCAGUGCAUCCGCCCCGGUGAGCUCUGGCAGUGCAACUGGCUCGAGGAGACCGGCACAAUCGUGUCGCUCGUGUACGACAUCAAGAACCAGAAGAUCACGACCAUGAUCGGCUUCUCCAAGGGCCACUGGGAGCACCCCGAGGAUGCCCACGGCGACAAGCGCAACCCCGAGGACUACGCGCGCUGGCGCAAGCUGGCCGAGCUUGGCAACAACCGCGACCGCCUCAUCCUGAGCGAGCAGGCCAACAUCCUCGAGACCUUCAAGGGCGCCGGCAACCUCGUGCCCAUCGCCCCGGACGCCGAGACCCUCUAAGUUGCUGGCUAACCAGCAGCACCAGUCGGCGUUUAGAGAGACUGCAUGCGCACGCUCUCUCUUCUCUGUCAUAAGCAGUAAAUAAAAACUCACGAUUUUGCGCGU